AUGUCAUCAUAUCCAAAAGGCCCGGCCCCUUUGCCAUCCACGACUUCGUCGAGCGCAUCCAAACCAUUCAACGACAAAUUUCUGUAUCGGUUCUCGACACUUCUAGCUGUCAAAAUCCUCAGGCGUAUUCGACCUCGGCACGGGAACGUUCUCAUGUUGACAGACAGACUAUGUGUCAAAUACGGGCGUCGCGUGCAUUUGUCUGAAGCAUCAACAAUGCGUUUCAUAUCACAACACACCUUAAUUCCGGUGCCAAGAGUUCUAUGUGCAUUUACUCGUAAUGGGUGGACGUACAUCGUGAUGGAAAGGAUUAGGGGAGAUAUGAUUGGCAGUGGCUGGGUACAUCGAAGCGAGGAGUCCAAGACAAAGCUUCUUGCGCAAUUGAGAGAAAUGAUUCGCGAAUUGCGGGAGCUUAAGCCCCCGGAGACUAUGAAAGUUGCUUCUGUUGAUGGUGGAUCGCUUUACGACUGCCGUAUCCUGGGCCCAUCUAUGCGUUUCGGUCCCUUUGAUACCACAAAAGAUUUCCAUCGGCAUUUACGAAUGGGCAUGGAAUUCAAUUCCAAACUUGAUGCUGAUGUUAAGGACCUGAUCAAACAACAAAGCAAGUCCUGGCCUUUGGUGUUUUCUCACGGUGAUCUAAGCAGUCUCAAUAUCCUUGCUCGCGGUGAUAAGGUCGUUGGCAUUAUUGAUUGGGAAACGGCUGGUUGGUAUCCAUCAUACUGGGAAUAUACUUCUGCCUGCCAAGUCAACCCACAAAACUCAUUUUGGAUCAAUGAGAUUGAUAAAUUCUUACUACCAAUGCCGCAGGAGCUGGCGAUGGAAAAAAUCCGUCAAAAACACUUUGGAGAUAUUUGA